UUGAGGGCAAACACUUUCUAUUAGGCUUAUAAUAAAGAUGUGGCAAAUAGGAGUGGCAAUAUCGUCUGCUAUUAACCUCCGUUAUUUUCCAUCCAGAUUGACAUUCCCUGGUGGCUUGUCAUUUUUGAUAGACAGCAAUACUUUUUUCCAUCUCUUCUACACUCUUCCCUAUGGCCAGCACAACAACAGGUUACCAUCUCUUCUACACUCUUCCCUAUGGCCAGCACAACAACAGGUUACCAUCUCUUCUACACUCUUCCCUAUGGCCAGCACAACAACAGGUUACCAUCUCUUCUACACUCUUCCCUAUGGCCAGCACAACAACAGGUUACCAUCUCUUCUACACUCUUCCCUAUGGCCAGCACAACAACAGGUUACCAUCUCUUCUACACUCUUCCCUAUGGCCAGCACAACAACAGGUUACCAUCUCUUCUACACUCUUCCCUAUGGCCAGCACAACAACAGGUUACCAUAUCUUCUACACUCUUCCCUAUGGCCAGCACAACAACAGGUUACCAUCUCUUCUACACUCUUCCCUAUGGCCAGCACAACAACAGGUUACCAUCUCUUCUACACUCUUCCCUAUGUCCAGCACAACAACAGGUUACCAUCUCUUCUACACUCUUCCCUAUGGCCAGCACAACAACAGGUUACCAUCUCUUCUACACUCUUCCCUAUGGCCAGCACAACAACAGGUUACCAUCUCUUCUACACUCUUCCCUAUGGCCAGCACAACAACAGGUUACCAUCUCUUCUACACUCUUCCCUAUGGCCAGCACAACAACAGGUUACCAUCUCUUCUACACUCUUCCCUAUGGCCAGCACAACAACAGGUUACCAUCUCUUCUACACUCUUCCCUAUGGCCAGCACAACAACAGGUUACCAUCUCUUCUACACUCUUCCCUAUGGCCAGCACAACAACAGGUUACCAUCUCUUCUACACUCUUCCCUAUGGCCAGCACAACAACAGGUCACCAUCUCUUCUACACUCUUCCCUAUGGCCAGCACAACAACAGGUUACCAUCUCUUCUACACUCUUCCCUAUGGCCAGCACAACAACAGGUUACCAUCUCUUCUACACUCUUCCCUAUGGCCAGCACAACAACAGGUCACCAUCUCUUCUACACUCUUCCCUAUGGCCAGCACAACAACAGGUUACCAUCUCUUCUACACUCUUCCCUAUGGCCAGCACAACAACAGGUUACCAUCUCUUCUACACUCUUCCCUAUGGCCAGCACAACAACAGGUCACCAUCUCUUCUACACUCUUCCCUAUGGCCAGCACAACAACAGGUCACCAUCUCUUCUACACUCUUCCCUAUGGCCAGCACAACAACAGGUCACCAUCUAUUAUUUUGUAAUUGUUUACCUUUCAGAAGAAGUAUGGUGAGAUAUAUGGAUACUGCCUGCUGAACUGUAAAUACACAUUACACAUUACGUAACUAGGAUCAGGUGGAGAGAGAGGGCUGGAAAGGUUUCUUCAGGUCAAACACAGGAUGACAGUGUUAGGAAUGAUGGAUUUAUGUAUGUUACAAGCACACGUACGCACACGUACACACACACGUACACACACGUACACACAC